AUGACGAAAGCAUCUGGGGAGCUGAACUUCAAGAUCCAGGCAGAGUUCACUCGCCUUCAUCAGAUCCUGGAGGAAGAGGAGAGAGCUGAGCUGGCAGAGCUGGGCGAAGAGGAGGAGCAGUCACUGGUACGGCUGGAGGAAGGGAUGUCAGCGCUGUGCAGGGACAUGGAGCAUAUAGAGCAGACCCUCAGCAAAAUGGAAGAGGUAUCAUUGUUGGAGGUGGAGAGCCUGGAUAUCAGGUACAUGCCUGGCAUGAAUGUUGAGACCGUGCCAGCCUUUGACCUGCAGCACUACCGGGACAGCCAGAGUGGCUCCGUGCACUACAUCUUCUGGGGGCAGGUGCUGCAGCACGUCUGCCCUGCUCCGGCCCCACUCGCCUUUGACCCUGAGACAGCCCACCCCAGGCUGGUUUUCUCCAGAGGCCUGAAAGCAGUGACAGAGUGGAGACAAGCCCAGCCUGUCCCCAGGAGCCCCCAGCACUUCCAGCAGCGCAUCAAUGCCUUGGGCUCAUGCACUUCUGACGGUGGCCAGCACUACAGGGAGGUGUGGGUGGGAGGCAAGCCCAGGUGGGACCUGGGGGUGGCUGCCGAAACUGUGGACUGGGUGGUGAAGGUGAAGCUGUGCCAGAAUGGCUUCUGGACGCGGAGCCUGAGGAACAGGACGGAGUACGGGGCCACUGUCACCCCCUGGGUGCGCCUGGCUCUCCUGAAAGUGGGGGUCUUCCUGGACUGCCAGGAGGGCACCGCGGCCUUCUUUGAUGCCAGGGACGUAUCCCAGCUCUUCACCUUCCAGCAGAUCUCAGCGGAGAGGUACUGCCCCUUCCUCAGCCCCUGCUGCAGCGAUGGGAUGGACAGCGUGAGCCUGUGCGCCUUGUGA